UAUCCACCCACAGUACAUUGCAGGCCUGAGUGCGCUCCUCUCUUCUUUGUGUCCACAGGAAGCCGUGAGGGAGGAAUCACGCAGCGGGGGAAAGAGUUUCUUAAGAAGUUUUGAGAUUUCUCUCGGCAUGCUAAAAACUUCAGCUGACAGACUUUUGUUUGCCUCCUAAAUCCCUCUGCAGAGAUUUCUCACUUUCUUCCAUCCUUUCCCAGUUCGGUUGUCUGACUUCUCCAGUUGUGCAGCUUCAUCUUCUGAAACCAAGUCACGCUCUGUGCGGGUGGAUGGUUAGCUGUGGACCAUGUUUUCCCUGUGGUUGUUCCUGCUCCCUUGCCUGAGCUUUGUGAGUGUGACGUCGGCUGAGAAGGGCCUGGAAUUCCCUCAGUAUGACGGGAAGGACCGGGUUCUCGACAUCAAUGACAAGAAUUACAAGAAGGCCUUGAAGAAGCACAGCAUGCUCUGUUUGUUCUACCACGAGAAAGUGCCGGACAAUAAAGAGCUGCAGAAACAACACCAGAUGACUGAGCUGGUGCUGGAGCUUGUUGCUCAGGUCAUGGAGGAGAAGAGCAUUGGGUUUGGGAUGGUUGACUCAGUCAAAGAUGCAAAAGUUGCAAAGAAACUAGGCUUGGAGGAGGAGGGAAGUGUGUAUGUUUUUAAAGAUGACAGAGUAAUUGAGUUUGAUGGUUUGCUGUCUGCAAACAUUCUGGUGGAGUUCUUGCUGGAUCUUUUGGAGGAGCCUGUGGAGGUCAUAGAGAACGCUCUGGAGCUAAAAGCCUUUGAUAGAAUGGAGGAGGACAUUCGCAUUGUUGGCUACUUCAAGAGUGAAGACUCUGAACAUUAUGAAGCAUUUAAAGAGGCUGCAGAGCACUUCCAGCCCUACAUUAAAUUCUUCGCCACAUUUGAAAAAUCUGUGGCCAAAGAACUGACCCUGAAGCUGAACGAGGUGGACUUCUAUGAGCCCUUCAUGGAGGAGCCCGUCACCGUCCCAGGAAGGCCACACUCUGAGAAGGAGCUGGUGGACUUCAUAACAGAGCACAGGCGACCAACUCUGAGAAAGCUGCGUGCAGAAGAUAUGUUUGAGACCUGGGAGGAUGACAUUGAGGGCAUCCACAUUGUGGCUUUUGCAGAGGAAGAGGACCCAGAUGGUUAUGAGUUCUUAGAGAUCCUGAAGGAGGUUGCCAGAGAUAACACUCACCUUCCUGACCUCAGCAUCAUCUGGAUCGACCCUGAUGACUUCCCCCUGCUGAUUCCUUACUGGGAGAAGACCUUUAAGGUGGAUCUGUUCAGACCACAGAUCGGCGUCGUCAAUGUUACAGAUGCAGACAGUGUGUGGUUGGAAAUGGAGGAUGAGGAGGACCUGCCCACGGCUACGCAGCUGGAGGACUGGAUCGAAGACGUUCUUUCUGGCAAAGUAAACACUGAAGAUGACGACGACGACGGCGACGAUGAUGAUGAGGACGAAGACAAUGAAGAUGAUGAGGAAGAGGAUGAAGACGAUGAGGAUGAUGAAGAUGAUGACAACGAUGACGACAACGACGAUGACGAUGAUGAAGAAUAACUAACUGCCUUGAAGCUGGCUCUUCCUCCAUCAGUCCUGCUGUACAACUUUGGACUCAAAAAUGACUGUAUAUCAUCUGAAUCGGUGCCUGCUGAUCUUUUUAACUUAUUUUAACCUUUAAUAUUCAUCAACACAAUUUUUGAACAUGUAAAUACCUCUUUGAUUGGGGUUGAAUAUAGAUAUAUGUCAACAUGUUCAUGAGGGACAUGUUUAAUGGAUAUGGAUUUGACUCUUCAUAAUAAAUGGUGUUGAUGUCAGUUUCUCCUAUUGUAAA